AUGCGUAGUUUUUCCCACCAGCAUUUCGCAAUCGGAAGGAGCUAGCCUAGUCCAGUUUACUCAUACUCGUCGGUCUAGCCUUCUAGCUCCGGGGACCCAGCUUCCCACUGUCUCAACCAUCUCACUUCGUGCAGCAUCUCUAGCGCCCCACUGCCCGCCGCUACCCUAAUCGCGAGUGCACCCACUCGUCCAGCAAGCUGCUUCCCCCGCCCGCUGCUCCAAGCUUCCUGCCGCUGCCCGUUACCCGCCCCCUCGGCGCUGGUUGGCUGCAAAGCGGGAACCGCUUCCCGCUGCUUCCCGCUUCGCGCAGCCCGUGCGAACCACUGAACGCGCAUCGCCCACCUUCCCACACUGCCAUAUCGCUGCUUCCCGCAGCGACUCGCUCCCUAGAGCCCGCUGUUCGACCCUUCCCCGCUUCCCGCUGCCCUCCCGAUUGCCGGUUCCUGCAAGCUUCGCGCUUGCGGAAUGUUUGGCCCCUUUCCAGGCACGGGGACAGAGAUGGAGAGAGGUGCGACGAAUGGAGCGUGGGAUGUGUGACCUCUGGGAGGGAGGAAGAGGGGUGAGAUAGGGGGGUGGAUAGGAGGCGCGUGAGGUGGGAGGAAUAGAGGCGAGAGAUGAGGGAAGAGGCGAGAGAGAAGGGAACAAGAGGGGCGAUAGACGGGUGGGGGGAGGGAGGAGAGAGAUCAGGGGGGAAGAAGAGAAGCGAGAGAGGGGGAGGACGAGAAGCGAGAGAGGGGGGAGGACGAGAAGCGAGAGAGGGCGGAGGAAGAGAGGACAGAGAGGGGGGAGGAAGAGAGGAGAGAGAGGGGGACGACGAGAGGAAAAGAGGGGCAAGGAAGAGAAGAGAGAGAGGGUGGGGGGGGAAGAGAGGUGAGAGAGGGAGGAGGAAGAAAACAGAGAGAGGGGGGAGGGAGAGAGGAGAGAGAGGGGGGAGGAAGAGAGGAGGAGAGGAGGAAGGAAGAGAAGAGAGAGAGAGAGGGGGAGUAAGAGAGGCGAGAGAGGGGGGAGGAAGAGAAGGGGGAGAGGGGGGAGGAAGAGAGGCGAGAGGAGGGGGAGGAAGAGAGGCGAGAGAGGGGGAGGAAGAGAGGAGAGAGAGGGGGGAGGAAGAGAGGAGAGGCCUGGGGGAGGAAGAGAGGAGAGAGAGGGGGGAGGAAGAGAGAGGAUAGAUCAGGGAGGGAAACGGCAUCACUGAAAUCAGCUGUCCCAAAACUGUCCGAGAACAGACAUUCCGGGCAGAAAUAGGUGUCUUUCCGGAAUGGUGUUUCGGACAGUUUUCCGAAUGAAGAUAUGAUGGUUGCGGGGUAGAACCCGGACACUUUUGGGAUUGCUCUCGGAAUGGAAACUGUCCGACAACUGGCCCUAAAGUGUCUGUACAGUGUUCCCUAGGCAUCGCAUAAACUGUCCAAUUCAUCCUCGCUAGUAACUCUCGAUUGUUUUGUACAAGUCAUGCUACGAUUAAACACUUUAUUCUACA